AGCUGUGUAGAAGAGAGAAAGAGAAAGCCGGGAAGCUUAUCUCCGCUCGCCACCUCCCGCAAAACCCCGAAAAUCUUCUGGUCGUGACGCAUCAUUCUUCCACACCUCAACCACUCGCGUCGUAAGCACCUAGUAUCGCCAAACUAUCUCCAGGCGGUGCCUAUCGAUUGAAUGCCGACCGGGUUGGAUUUCACCGAUACUCAUACCCCUCCAGGUCCUCCUGGCAGCGAAUUCGUUAACGAGAUCGACUCCGCUCCGGGGGCGUCAUGGGCGUCCCAGUUUGACGAGACUCCCAUGUCCACUCCAGUAGUGCCGGGCGCUACGCCGGCCACUGCCGUUGCGCCUCUGAAUCAUGAUAUUUCCAUCGGACAGCGAAUGAUAUCUGCCUCAGCGGGAAACAUUUUGACCGGACUUCUCGUCACCCCUCUCGAUGUCGUACGAGUUCGUUUACAAUCGCAAUCACAGAUGGUGAACACUUCACAAUAUACCACACAUACAACCCAGUCUCUAAAGAACCUCCCUGCUAAUAUCGGGAUUACCUCGUGCUGCCGUGAAGUGUUUUGGGUUGGAGACAAUGCGCAGAUGUGCAUGUUAGGCCCCCAGGCCAGUACGAUGGGGAAUCAGGCACAUCCCGCGCUAGACUGCGCCGUCGAGGAGACACAGCGGCGAACAUUUACAUCGACUUUGGAUGGUUUACGGAAGAUUGCUCGGAACGAGGGUGUUUCUACAUUAUGGCGCGGUCUCAGCGCGACCUUGAUGAUGGGAAUUCCGGCUAAUAUAAUCUAUUUCGCUGGGUAUGACUGGCUGCGCACCGACGAGAACAGCCCAGUAAGAAAGCUUGUCCCAGAAGCCUAUGCGCCAUUCAUCGGGGGUGCGAUCGCGAGAACAACAGCUGCUGCCGCCACCAGUCCUGUCGAGAUGUUCCGUACCCGUCUCCAGGCUACCCCCGGUACCGGUGCUGGUCACUUCAAGGCCACUUUACAAGGGCUACACCAGAUGACAAUUGCCAAAGGCUACUCAUCUCUUUGGCGUGGACUGUCGCUGACAAUGUGGCGCGAUGUUCCAUUUUCUGGUCUCUACUGGUGGGGGUAUGAGAAGGUCAAGCUAAAUCUGGAGCUUGCACGUCAGCAGACGCCGAAUAUCUCGAGUGCUGAAAUCGAAGCUCCCACCAGUGCCACUGCCUUCUUGGACAGCUUCAUCGCCGGUGCUACCUCUGGAUCCGUCGCAGCAUUGGUGACAACGCCUUUCGACGUCGGCAAGACGCGACAGCAGGUCUACAGACACAUGGACGAUCACGUUCCUACCGCUCAGCGAAAUACUUUAGUGGCAAAGGCUGUUGUCCCCGAGCAACUCCCCCUCCCUAAAUUCCUCCUCCAUAUUUUCCGUGAAGAAGGUAUGGCUGGACUCUUCCGUGGCUGGUCAGCACGCUGUCUUAAGGUUGCGCCAGCCUGCGCAAUCAUGAUCUCUACCUAUGAACUGGGGAAGCGCAUGGCCCGAGAGGUCAAUGAGCGCAGACACGAAACUCCCUAA